GCACCCGUUUCCCAGGCUCAAAAACAUUGUUCCCCAGCCACCUACUACACGCCGAACAACAACUACGGCGCCUGCGGCAAAAAAAUCAAGAACAGCGAGCACGCCGUGGCGCUCUCGAGCGACAAGUACGCCGGCGGUGCGCACUGCGGCAAGAAGGUUACCGCACAUCACAAUGGGAAGAAGGUCGUCGCCACUGUUCGCGACCUCUGCCCGGGCUGCGCGGCGAACAGCCUCGACCUGACGCCCUCGGCUUUCAAGAAGCUGGCCAAGCUGGGCGAGGGGAACAUCGCGGUCAACUGGAACUUCAACUAG